AUGUUGCAUCAAAUUACAAAAUUUUUCAGUAAUUCAUAUUUUAGGAAUUAUUAUCCAAGCUCUUUCGCAUUUCCCAUUAAUAGUAAUAAUAACCAAAAUGAAAUUUUUGAUUUUAGAAGUGACACGGUUACAACUCCAACAGAAGAAAUGUUCGAAGCCAUGGUUAAAGCUAGUAGAGACCAUUCUACAAAAGAAUUAGAAGCCUAUGUUGCAUAUUUAACAGGAUAUAAAUCAGCUUUAAUGACAGUUUCUGGGACAAUGGCAAAUCAACUAGCAAUUCGAUCUCACCUUUUACAACCUCCUCAUUCGAUUAUAUGUGAUUGUCGUUCUCAUGUCUACACUUCUGAAGCUGGUGGAAUAGCUUAUCAUUCUCAAGCUCAGGUAAUUCCUUUACAACCAAACAACAAUAUUCACAUAACCUUUGAUGAAAUCUCAUCUAACAUAAUUUCAAGUGAUGAUGUUCAUUAUGCUCCCACAAGAGUAAUUUCUCUUGAAAAUACUUUAAAUGGAUUAAUAUUACCUCUCAGUGAAAUUAAAAAUAUUUCUGAUACAGUUAGAAAGAAAGGAAUUAAAAUGCAUUUAGAUGGAGCAAGGAUUUGGAACGCUUCAGCAGAAACAGGGAUUGCAUUAAAUAGUUAUGGAGAAUAUUUCGAUUCAAUGGCAUUAUGUUUUUCUAAAAGUCUUGGUGCACCUAUUGGAUCUGUAUUAGUGGGAAGUGAAGAAUUCAUUAAGAAAGCUAGACAUUUGAGAAAAUUGUUUGGUGGAGGUUGGCGUCAAUCUGGACCUCUGGCCGCGGCUGCAAAACUAGCAAUCGAAUCCAAUUUUCCACAAAAAUUAAAAGAAACUCAUGAACUAACACGUAAAUUCUCGGAAGGACUUUCUAAACAUGGAAUUAUUAUUACUGAUCCUGUUCAUACAAAUAUGGUAUUCAUUGAUACCGCAGCUGUAAAUAUUACUAUUAAAAAACUUGCCGAAAGUCUUGCACUUCAUGGAAUUCGAAUCUUUGAUAAGGAAGGUACAAGAACUCGUUUAGUAGUUCAUUAUCAAAUAACUUCUCAAGCUAUUGAAAAAUUUGUUCAAAUUAAGGAAAUAUUGAAAUGUACAACAGCUUGA